UCUGAAAACAGACCACAAAACAGACGGCCUGAAGAUGAUGCUUAGUCCUGACCAGCCAGACGUUGACCUGCCCUGGGGGCAGCCCGACACAGAGACCCUGCUGAACAGCAUCAAGAUGGAGUGCGCCCCCCUGCCCGCGGAGCCCGCAGAGGGCGAAGGCAAGGCGCGCUCUCUGUCCAUUCCUUCCCUCAGCAGGGAGGAGAAGAGGAGGCGGAGGCGCGCUACAGCCAAGUACCGGUCCGCGCACGCAACAAGAGAGCGCAUUCGCGUCGAGGCUUUCAACGUUGGGUUCGCCGAGCUGAGGAAGCUUCUCCCGACACUUCCGCCAGACAAGAAGCUGUCCAAGAUUGAGAUCCUCCGGCUCGCAAUCUGCUACAUCACUUACCUCAACCAUGUGCUGGAUGUGUAGGUCAUCAGUCAAGGAUGGACACCGUCAGGGAAGGAGAGAAGACUGAAGAUGGAGACUGGGUAGGGUGGACUGCAUACGAAUGCUUGAUAGACAUUGUUGACAUAUAUCUGGCCUGGGAGCACUGCUGUGCCUGUAGUGUGUGCCCAAGUGCCCUGUGUGCUGCCACUCUAGGCCAGAGUCACACAGUAAAACAGGACCUAAUGUCUUUCUCUUUCUCAGUGUUGUGAAGGAAAGAAACUGCUGCCCCACUGGACUUACCCACAGACUUACCCAAUCGAAUCCAAAUUUGCAGUGUCAGAAAACGCAAUAAUGUCGGGUGAUCCUACUUCUUAUAGGUUUAUUAGCCUAGUAUUGAAAAGCUGUCCUGUUAGCCAAUACUUGCCAUGGCGAAACUUCUCUCCGGACAGGGCUGAUUUAAAGGAUCUGUAGCUGUAGAGAUUCGCUGAAAUCAGUGAUGAAGUUCAAAGUAGAAUAUAAGUGCCACUUAUUUACAGAUAUGAUAUGUUGUAUAUUAUAUUCGUUAUUUGUUUUUGUAUUAGGCUUAGUAAGUUAUGUAUUUAUCAAUUCAUGUUUACAUUGUAAUGUCUUAUGUCUGGUGUUUGCACAUACAUAUUUAUUUGUAAUAUAUAUAACAAUUAUUUAUACUCUGACAA